AUGCUCUCAAUCCUCAGAUACGCGUUGGGUGUCUAUCGCCGCUGGAAAGGAUCUGAAUCAAGGAUAAUUGUUUGCAGCUCCCCACCACCAUUUGAUGUCUUCAUAAAUCACCGUGGAGUGGACACAAAGCGCAACGUGGCUGCCUUGCUUUACGAUCGUUUCCUCCACCUAAAACUAAAUCCCUUCCUGGACUAUAGGAGCAUGAAGCCUGGGGAUGAACUCAAGGAGGUCAUUGAAACAGCUAUACGGAACUGUAAGGUUGGAGUGGCCUUCAUCUCUCCAAAUUACUGCACUUCUGAAAACUGUCUCCAUGAAUUGGCUCUCUUGAUGGAAUGCAAGAAGAAGGUCAUUCCCAUCUUCUAUGAUAUCAACCCCUCUGCUCUUGUUCUUGUGGACAAUGGAAGUUUUCCGGCCAAGCACCUGCAUAGGUUUAGAUUGGCACUUGAGCUAGCCAAGGGCAGGGUGGGCAUCUCUUUUGAUUCGUCCAUAGGGGAUUGGUCCAUUCUGCUGAAACAAAUUUCGGACCGCGUGAUGGAAGUCUUGAUAGAAUUGGACCAGCGUCAAUAA